AUGACAGACGUCAUGGCCGAUCACCCAGACCUCUCUGAGCUAGCAGGGUCGCCCUCUCCAGGUCAAAAGCGGAAGCGCGAUGACAUGUCAGAGUCAAACAGCCCUGGUCGGGCCAAGCGAGCCAGCGCUGGGCUCUCGGAUGCCGACACUGCAGCCUUCAUUGAAAAUGCUGUUGAGGCUGCUCAUGCAGCCGCCGCCAAUGGUGUCAACGUGGCUGACUUCAGUGCCCUCCAGCAAGCUGCUGCUGCUGAGCACUCGGAGGCCGCUGACCCAGCCAACGCCUCCAGCACUGCGGCCGCCGCCCUGGGGUCCAUGUAUCCCACUCUUCACGUUCCGCCCACCACCGAGGAGCAGUUCGCCGCCCAGGCAACUAAUGACUCAAACCAUGGCCAAGAUCACACCUUCGGUCACGCCGAUCUGAGCCCGCCGGACGGACUCCCUGCCCUUCCUGCUGUACCUCAGCCCACGAACGGUGUUCAGGCUGUUCAACCACAGCAGACCCAUCAAACUCAUCAACAACAUCAGCAACAUCAGCAGCAUCAGCCUCCUCAACCUCAACACCGAUACUCAUCUGGAUCAGCCGGCACUCCCGCUAAGAAACCGGACGUUGGUUCCGAGGAAUGGCACAAGAUGCGCAAGGACAACCACAAAGAGGGUAAGCAACUGAAGGCACUAUACUCAUGGAUGUUCAAGCUGACUCGAACAGUGGAGCGUCGUCGUCGGGAGACCAUCAAUGAAGGCAUCAAUGAGCUGGCUAAGAUUGUUCCUAACUGCGAGAAGAACAAAGGAUCAAUCCUCCAGCGCGCCGUUACGUUCAUUAACCAACUCAAGGAGAAUGAGACGCAGAACAUUGAGAAGUGGACUCUUGAGAAGCUGCUUACGGAGCAGGCUAUAGCAGAGCUCAGUGCUUCCAACGAUAAGCUCAAGCAAGAGUGCGAACGUCUUUACAAGGAGUUGGAGACUUGGAAGCGGGUUGCUCAGAAUGCGGGUCUUUCGUACCCCCAGGCGAACAAGGAGGAACCUGCCGCUGCAACUUAG